UAUCACUUCAGAGCCAACCCCAUUUCCGCACAGCUAAAAAAGAAAAGUUCUUUUGUGUUUUUUGUGUGAGUGAUCAAUCAUUGUUCAAGAAAAGAAGUCAAUCAAGAUUCAAGCCAGUACUAAAAGCAAAGAAAAUGGUGUCGAACACUGCUGGAAAGAUCAUACGCUGCAAAGCUGCGGUGGCUUGGGAAGCUGGAAAGCCACUGGUGAUAGAGGAAGUGGAGGUAGCCCCGCCACAGGCAGAUGAGGUCCGUAUCAAGAUAUUGUUCACCUCACUCUGCCACACUGAUGUCUACUUCUGGGAAGCUAAGGGACAGACACCGGUGUUUCCUCGUAUUCUUGGUCAUGAAGCCGGCGGCAUUGUUGAGAGUGUUGGUGAGGGUGUGACCGAUCUCAAGCCCGGAGAUCAUGUUCUUCCGGUGUUCACAGGGGAGUGCAAGGAGUGUCAACAUUGCAAAUCAGAGGAAAGUAACAUGUGUGAUCUCUUAAGGAUCAACACGGACCGUGGAGUGAUGAUCAGUGAUGGCAAGUCAAGAUUCUCAAUCAACGGAAAGCCAAUUUACCAUUUUGUUGGAACCUCCACAUUCAGUGAAUACACUGUUGUUCAUGUUGGCUGUGUUGCCAAGAUUAAUCCUGCUGCACCACUUGACAAAGUUUGUGUCCUCAGUUGUGGAAUCUCAACAGGUCUUGGUGCUACUUUGAAUGUUGCAAAACCAACCAAAGGUUCAUCAGUGGCUAUAUUCGGAUUGGGAGCUGUGGGGCUAGCUGCGGCCGAGGGUGCAAGACUAGCCGGUGCAUCCAGGAUCAUUGGGGUUGACUUGAAUUCUAAGAGAUUUACUGAAGCUAAGAAGUUCGGAGUUACUGAGUUUGUGAAUCCAAAAGAUUAUGACAAGCCUGUUCAAGAGGUGAUUGCUGAAAUGACUAAUGGUGGUGUCGAUCGGAGUGUUGAGUGUACCGGAAGUCUCAGUGCUAUGAUCUCUGCAUUCGAAUGCGUCCAUGAUGGAUGGGGUGUUGCUGUGCUUGUUGGUGUGCCGAACAAAGAUGAUGCUUUCAAAACACAUCCAAUCAAUCUUUUGAAUGAGAGGACUCUAAAGGGUACAUUCUUUGGUAACUAUAAGCCACGUUCUGAUCUCCCAUCAGUGGUGGAAAUGUACAUGAACAAGGAACUUGAACUGGAGAAGUUUAUCACACAUGAAGUGCCAUUCUCAGAAAUCAACAAGGCCUUUGAAUACAUGCUUAAGGGAGAGAGCCUCCGUUGUAUUAUCCGCAUGCCUGCAUAAAAUUUCUCUAAUUAAGACUCUGUGGUGUGUAAAACAAGAAUCUAUAUGAGCUUAUAUGUUAUGGGAAAGUUUUCAAAUAUACCGGUAUACUAGUAUUUCAGUGAUUUUUAACUGUUGAUCUUAAUUAUAUAUAUUGUAUUAUAUUUUUUAUAAUUAAGAUCAACGGUUAAAAAUCACUGAAACACACCGGUACACUUGAAAGUUUUCCAAUGUUAUGCUGCGAUUGUUCAUACUUUUAUAGGAUUUUUACUGUAUCCUCAGUUUCAAACUGCAUGUGUUUGUACAGAACAGAAUAAGAUGCUCAUGUACCGUUGUGUGUUUUUAUUAUACGAAUCAAAUAUAUAUACUUCAUUUUUGUGUA